CCAAAGUAGCCUUAGGGUCCUAGAUCUAAUCCUUUGGCCUGCGACAGUUCUAUUCGAUAGAUUGCAACGGCUUAGCAACAAUUACACCCCUUUAUGGGAUCUUUCGCUAGUUAUCCUUUACACGUUUUAUCAGCAAGGUUGUCACAAUGGAUGAACCCUUCUCACCGGAAGCUUGCAGUGCAUUUCAUAAUCGACUCGUCCAUCCUGUGGCCGAACAACUCCAAACAGCCACUAGUUGCAACUUGACAGACCUUAUAUUAUGAGUGUAUCCGCACCUUUUGGACAUCCCAAAUAUGAUCGAGCUCCCAAUCGAUUGCUGUCGCAAUUUGACAUGAUUUCGGACAGCCAUGACCGAUUCCCAGAGCUAACGCCUUUUGCAUGUCAGCCGUUUCCUGGAAGUAUUUUCUUCGAUCUGGAAGUAUUAGACCCCGAAUACAGUUCUGUUGUACGACUUUAUCGUGGCUCCUGUUGCUAUGAAGAUGAUGGGCUCGUCUUCGAUCAGGAGACGCUGUUGGCUCAUUGGCACCACGAUUUCCAACCGAUGCCACCGAAAGAGCAUUGGAAGCCAUUAGACUCUAUCCUUAGAAAGUGGCUCUCCGAGUUCGAAAGGGGAAAAUUCUCCUUUUCUAGUAACAAUCCUACUUAUGUACCGUGGGCUACCCAAGACUUAGAAGAGGCUAUUCAAGCAUGGGAGACUCUUUUAAACGUUAUCGAGGCAAAUAUGCCUGGCCAUACUACCGAGUCCCGCCGUGAAAACCCCUUACCGACGAAUAUCCUCGACCAGUAUACGCUGAGUUCAUUUACUAAAGCGUUCCUUUCGCGGGCACGAUUGCCUUCAUUCAAAUAUGUUGCUCCGGGGGUUACCUAUUUCACUCCGGACUUAUUCCAUGCAGUUUACUCUUCCGAACCACGCGAUUCUCAACGAUUGCCCCGGUACGAGGAUACAGACGGGAAUGAAGUUGUGACGCUUAUUCUCCCGGCCGAAUGCUCCAUACCUUAUCCCGGGGGGGCUGGCUCCGCCGAUAGGGAGGGAUUUGCGAGGUUUACAGUUUCUCGUCGAGCUGGUCUUUAUACGACAGGGGACGCAAGCUACGCUGAUGGAGUCAGGCUUGUCGAUUCUGUUGAUAGUAACCGAAAGAUCCUAGAUUAUCAACCACCACGCUACCCCUGGGGGCCCACUCGUUCUCCUCGUCUUGCAGAUUAUACAAAAGUGGGCAGAGCUUGUCCAGAACAAAUUCUGGGCGGUUGAUCACGAUGGGGUAAAGACGAGCAUCGAUUGGUUUCUAGAAAACAAUGUUACGCUAGAAUGGUCUUUGUAAGGGUCUAUUGUCACAAGAAGCUAUAUCUGCCCUUCUCCCCCAGG